AUGCUAAGAAUUGACGCGAAGAGGUUAACGUCGUUGUCGUCCUCGCUUCUGUCUGUCUGUCUGUCUGUCUCCGUCUCCGUCUUUGUUUCUGUCUCUCUCUUUACACCCUCUUUACCUCCUUUCCUCUCUCUAUAUUCGACAGUCGAAAAUCUGGUCGUGGCAGUGGCAGCAAAGUUCAAGCAGGAAGUGACGGCGAGUCUCCCUCUCCACGUGCUUCAGGAUUUUCGGGAAGCCGCAGAGGGAGAUGGUCUGUGGCGUGAAGCGUACGACGAACGGUUUCCAGUUCUUCAGAGUGAAACAAGCGAGAGUGCUGGGCAAGGAGGUCCCGAUGCUGGCGGCGGUGGUUGUGGCCCUGUUGAUUGCAGGGAAGCCACUGCCACUAAGCCGACGGCAAGCGGAAGAAAUUCGUCUACCGGUGAUGAGAAAGGUGAUGGCUUCAAAGGUCGCUACAAGAGGCGAUUGCUGGACCCCCAUGUGGGUGACGAGGUGCAGGUGGCAUGGAAAGGAAAGUUUAGAUUGGAGUCCUUGGAGGUGUACGACGGGACGGCCUGGUGGCUAGCCCGGGUCGUGGACAAGGGAGAAAAACCCGGCUACUACAAGGUCCACUACCCAGGAUGGGAGCCAAAGUGGGACGAAUGGGUGGUUCGCGACCGGCUGAGGUGGGGCAAUGAGCACCUUGCGGCACCCCUGAAAGGGAUCCCUCUUCAAGCGGGGGACGCCGUCGAGGUGUGGUGCAAAGGUUUGCACGUGCCGGGAGCUUGGCUUGAGGCGGUGGUGUACGAGGUCGAGAAGGAGCGCGUUUACCUCGGGGAGGUGCUUACAUCCGGCCAUUUUUGGGCGAGGACGGAGCACGUGCGCCUGAUCCAAAAGGGUCCUGUUGACGACGAUGGGGGAGAGUUUCGGCUAGGCUACACGUCGGCGUGCCGCAGAAGAAGCAACAGCGUUCUUCUCCAAUGCCUGACUGACGCUGGUUUCACCACCGAGAGCACCUGCUGCUACUGCUCCGUACAGUGA